UUUGGAGACGAGCCACUGUGCACACCUGCGCCCAUAAAACUACGUAAGGAAUAGUCGACGCGUUAGCCGAUGCACCACGGUUGCUGCUCUGCCAAAAGAGAGGGCGAAAUUCGCCGCGCAAGCGGUCAAAUACGCUGCACCUCUCGCUGGCGGCCAUUGGCGGCGCGCGCGCUCUCCGCAGCCGAGCCAAUGCGCCCACACGUUUGAGACGCAACAGAGACGCUGCAAACGAGAGCUCUCGCCGCCUCGCACCGCCAACGCCGCCGCCGAGCCCGCGCGCCCGCCGCAGGUGCCACUCAAGAUGACGUCCCUCCCGGCGAGCCAGGCCUGGCUCUAUGUCAGGAACAACUCGUCCUUCCUCGUGAAGCGCAACGGCGUCCAGUUCUCGCGCGAGCCCGGGAACCUCACGCAGCUCAACACGUACAAGUCGUCCGGCCUCUGCAACGACAAGGCCAUCGACAUUAAUUUGGACGAGGACGGCAAGAUCGUCAUGGCCCUGAAGGCGCCCAAGCGCGCGACGAAGCCGUCCAAGUCGCUCAACAAGACGCCGCUCCGCAAGAACUUCAGGAGGUCCGCGAAGGCCAUCCAGAGCCAGACUGCGGGCAAGUUCUACCGCGGCGACCUCACGGGCAAGGCCCUGGCGCGCUACGCGGCGUUGCACCGCUUCACGAAGGUCCAGCAGGGCCUCGCGAAGAAGGCCAAAACGAAGACGGGGCGCCGGGGGGCCGUGGGCGACGACGACGAAGGGAUGCCCUCACUGACUGCUUAGAUGGGUAAUGGCGUUGUUCUUAUUUGCGGCGACGAGAGCGGUACCGGCCUUCGACCGCGUCGCGCGUCGCGCGCAGCGGUGGGGCGUCGACGGCGCAAGGCACCACGCCCGGCACGCCGUCCGUCGGCGCGAAGCCUUGACGCCAUCGACGUGAAGCUAAAUAGACACUAUGUUAGAUGGCGUCGAAGCGCG